AUGCCACAUGGGAAAGCUCAUAAUGCCCAGAAGUACAGCAUUAUUGAGAAAAUGGCCGCGGGUAGUUUUGGCGUCGUUUUUAAAAUCAAAUGUCUCUCUAAUAACUCAACGAUGGUAAUGAAGCGCAUUCCGCUUGAGGACCUCGACCGUGAGCAGUGCCAUGAGGCUGCCAAGGAACUUUCUCUCAUAAGCGAACUUCAUCAUCCUUACAUCGUAUCUCAGAGGGACGCUUUUCUGUUUGACGAUAACGACUUGUGUCUUGUCAUGGAUUAUUACGAUGGCGGGGACCUGGACUAUCUGCUUGCACGGCAGCGAGACAAGGACGAGUACUUUGACUUUGAGCAAGUGAUGCUGUGGUUUGUUCAGAUGUUACUGGCCUUGGACUAUCUACACGCGCACGGUAUCGUCCACCGAGACGUCAAGACACACAAUUUAUUUCUCGAUCAGGCGAGUAAUACCAUCGCAGUGGGGGACUUUGGCAUUGCAGAGAAAGUGGACUUUAGUAGCCCCAAGAAGGAUGCCGGUGCGGUUACUGGUAGCACCACGGCCUUGCCAUCUUCAGUUUUGGCAACGGCUGGGAAGUCCCAAUGGCGGGAGGGUGGCGCCCCCUUCUCUAAUCGCAUCGUGGGGCACCCACACAGUGGAUUGCCACCGCCUACCAACAGCUCCGAGGGUGUUGAUGGCCCACAUCUUUCCAGCAGUAGCGAUAACCACCUCCAAGAAACUGACAUAGCCUCUCCGAAUCACGAGCAUGUCCCGGACUCUCCUCCAAGGGUAAUUCGAUCACCAACGAAGAUAGCUGUGAAAGGCACACCACUUUACAUGCCACCGGAAGCUCUUCAAGGGAUGCCCUAUGGCCCCAAUAGUGAUGUCUGGUCGCUCGGAUGUAUUCUUUACGAGCUUCUUUCGUUGAGGCAUCCGUUCGACUCGACGGACAUCGGUGGCCUCAUCAUGCGUAUCAUGCUGGGUGACAGGGGGCCGCUGCCGGCCCAUUACCCACACGCCGUAUCGGAGCUAAUCAACGCGACCUUAACACUGGAGUGCGCGAAGCGCCCGUCGUGUGAGGAAUUACUGCGCACCCCGUUGGUGAGCACUUACGCGAGUCGCUUCUUGGAACUGCGCAAGCAGGCCAACUCGCGCAACGCAAAGUCCGCAAGUCGCGGCAGCGCCAAACAGAAGUACCCCCUUGUGAAGGCGCCUGCCGGUUUCCAAGACGCCCGAGAGGAGGAGGAUGCUUUUCAGCGCCAGCUUCGCCGUGUUUAUGGCUCCCCGGGCGCUAACUCUCUAUUGUCCAAGGAAGGACCGAAUGCCUUGAUGUCCUACCUCGAGUAUGCUAAGCAGCUCAAGAAGCCCCUGAACCCCCCUUCUUACGACUGUGAACUGGCGCACCGCGGGCGCCGAGCUUCUGCGAUGCUUAUCCAGCUUACGUCGGCUUUCACCACGGACGGGCUUGGAAACCACGAUACCACCACCCCAGGGACUUUACCCACCGUCAAUACGUUGCUGUCCCUGGAGCUGAGCCCCAACGCGGGUUCUGUGGACCCCUCCCCUGCCGGCAUCCGGCAGCGUACGAUGUCCAACAACAACAGCGAGGACGAUGAGGACCACCAAAUGGCCAACGCGGGCGGGUCACUAAAUUUCGAUGCCGCAGACGCUGAGGACGGCCCUGACAGGGCUCAUUUGGGCUUACACGCCAGAGAACAUCAGAACGCGGAAUCCCUGAGCAAAUUGUCUUUCUUUGGCCUUUCCAUCGACCGUUCUAACGUGGAGGAUAUGAGGAACCAGCCGUUGAGUGUGCUUGCCGCAGAGGUGCUUCGUGCGCGCGCGCUCCUUCAGAACGCGCUGUUCGAGCGGCAGCGGCGGAAAAACGCGGAGCGACUUCUGCUGGACGUCGGACCCCACCUCGUGGUGACGAUGCCGCAGACCUUCAAAGGCGUGACCACGCCCGCAAGUGAUUCCACCGCGACAAAGAAAGUCCCCCCCCCCCUGCGCCGCACCACCGAAGAGAGUCGACAGAAAGAGGUGCCGCCGGUCCUCUCUCUUGGCUGUGCGGGACCUGGCAAACUAGACUCAUCAGGGGCGAGGGAGCACCCGGAGGAGAUGCCGAGGGAGGUGUCUUUUGCUACCCGCGUCCAUGGGUCUGUGGAUGCGAAGUUGCAGGUCUACUUGGACCGGCGGGCGACAUUACUCCAGUCCAUCCUUGAGGAGGUUUCGGCGAAUGUUCUGUCGCGCGUGUACGCGUAUUAUCGCGAACACAACAUCUUCGUUCGCGACCCGGGUGUCGUGCUGAGCUUGGUGCCGGAGCGCAAGCAAUGGAGGGUUUUGCCCUUCAUUGAGGAUAUUGUAGUGCUAGACAAAUUUAUUGAAAAGAGCACCAACAACAAUGACAAGGCCAGCUCCACUCGAACGGUGUCCAGUGGGCAAGUAUCUUUUUGA